AUGGAUAAAAAAGACAGAAGAAUUUUAGAAGCGGAUGAACUAGAUGCUUUACAAUAAUAAAAAGAGGAAUAAAAAUACAAACAAAAGAAAAAAAAAUAACAAUAAGAAGAAAAUCAAUUAGAAGAAGAGGAAGAAGAUGAAGAAUUUGACAGUUUUAUAGUCCAAGACGAUGCUCCUAUAUCACAAGAAUAAGAUGAAAAUAAUGAAAAUUCAUAAAUUGAAUAAUUAAGAGCGAAACAAAAUUAUGAAAAUAGUAUUUUAGAGUUUUUAAAUUUCUUAUUCCAUAUAUUAAAUUUGGACCCAAAAAUAAACGAAGAAAUAAUUGUUAUUAAAAGAAAUUGCUUAAAAAUGCUUAAAAUAAAUGAUUUUUAAAAAAUAGCAGAAUAUAAAGAACCAUGUAUUAUAUUAAAAAUAUAGGAUGUUGUAUGCAAAAACUGUCUACAUGUAAUAGAAUUAGAUGUUUUUAGAGAUUUAUGGGUAUGUUAGGAAUGCUCAAUUCCAUAUGAUAAGUAUUAUUUAGAAAAUAAAUUAAUCUAAGAAAUCUAAAAUGAAAUUACUUUAUAUUAAAUUUAAGAUCUUUAUUGUGUUAAAUGCUUUGGGGUUAAAGAUGAUUAUUUAUCAGUAAAUUGUCCAGGAUGCUCGACUGGUUAUAAAGUUAAUAUUGAUUCUAAUGUUACACCACUUAUAGGGAUUGAUGGAGUCAAAGUAAGGAAUAGUUUACUUUUGUUAGCAGAAAAAAAUUAAUUUAGUGUUUUAAAACAUGUUAUUUUAAAUAGCUGGAAAUUAAUGUGA